AUGAUGGGAUACAAGCUGUGUCUGUUACUGCUGCUGAGCAGCUACACGUUGGGUCAAGAAGUCAAUGACCACAAUGAACACACUUCAAAGUGUCUGUUGGCAUCCAGAUUCAAGACCUAUAAGAAAUAUGUGUACCAGUACACCACAGAGAGCAGGAAUGGUGUGGUGGGCACUGCCAACCUGAAGAACGGCCCUAAAAUAUCUUGUCAGGUAGAGAUCGAAGUUCCCCAGACAUGCAGAUUUGUCAUGCACACCAGGGACUGUGCUCUCAGUGAGGUGUCUGUCAUGAAUCCCCAGGGCCAGCCGGUCUACAGCCAGGCGCCCGGCUCUGAGGCCUUCCAGGCUGCCAUGGAAAGAAACCCACUAAAGUUCACUGUGGAGGAAGUCACCAUUGUCCAGCUUUAUCCCGAGAAAGACGAGCCAGUCAACUUCCUCAACAUUAAAAGAGGAAUCGUCUCAGCACUCAUGUUGCCCGUCCUGGAGGAAGAACAGAAAAGCCUCAUGAGCACAGUGCACGGCCAAUGUUUAACAGACUACCUGGUGCAAGCCAGGAGGGAUAUUGCCACAGAUGUGACCCUGUCCAGAGAUCUGUCCCAGUGUGACCAGUUCUUCAGCAGGGAACUAGUCAGCAGCCCACUGGCCCUGGUCCAGAAGCUGCAUCGGCCCUUGACUAAACUGAUUACAAGCACUCAAGACUGCAACUACAAGUUUGAUAACAAGGGAAAGCACAUCACGGCAGUCAUGUGCACGGAAAAACAUGUCUAUUUGCCAUUUUCACAUGAGGACAAUGGAAUAUCAUCUGUGGUGACCCAAGACUUCAGCUUUCAGAGCUCUAAAAGGAUCAACAACAAGAUGUUUGAUGUAAACCCCAGCCAGAGCAAGCCACUCCACUUUGAAGAUCCUGACGACAAAGCUCCAGUCCAGACGAAGGACAGUGUUCUGAGCACCCUCCAAGACCUUGUGAGUUUGGCGGGCACAGACCAGGGUCAGAAAAGGACCAGCCUUUUCCAUAAGUUUGUGUCCAGCCUGCGCGUCCUGAGGAAUGAGACCCUGAGCCAUACGGUCCCUGAGAUGUUGGAUAUGUCCAGCUGGCUCACCUGGCAGGCCCUGUUUCAGUGUGGAACCUCAGAGUGCACCAGCGCCAUCCUCCAGGCCAUCAGGACCAUUGAUGGGUUGUCACUAGAGGUGGAUGCUCUUGUCUAUGGGCUAAGUCUACAGGCCCAGCCUGAUGCCUCACAAGUCCGAGAUAUGCUCAGCACGGCUCAGUAUAAACAGAGCAGGGCAAUCAUGUAUGCUCUAGCUAACACAGUUAAGAAGUUCCAUAAAGCAGAGGUUACUCCAGUGGUCACAGAUGUGUCAAAGUUCAUGGGAACACUUUUAAAUGACUGCUCGGGAGACAUCCUUGAUGUUGACUCUGACUCUCCAGCUGAGCCCGUAGAGAUGUCCUUCCUCGUACUGAGGGUUGUCGGUGUCAUGGGUCAAGCCAUGCAAGUUGUCAACCCCAGCCUGAUUUCUUCCAUGUUGCGGUGUGCUAAGAAAACUGACAUUCCAUUAGCAAACCAAAAGGCAGCGAUACAGGCCUUUAGGUUAAUGGACAUUACUGAUGAGGUCAAAAACAUUUUCAUGGAGGUGUACCAGGAUGCUCAGAGCCCUGUUGAAAAACGUGUAGCAGCCUACCUGAUUCUGAUGAAGAACCCAGACCAAUCCCUGGUUAGAGACAUUGUGAACAAUUUGAAGGAUGUGAAGGAUGAGCAGCUCAAGAUCUUUGUGGUCUCCCACCUGAAAAACAUCCACAACUCUGACAAGCCACAAAUGCAUCAACUAGGGAAGUACAUUAAGUUGGCCUUGACAGACCAGCUAUCAGCUACAAACACGGUAGUUGAUGGCAUGUCGAGCAAUUACAAAGUAGACUCUCCCUUGGGCUCAGUGCAGAGCAACAUCAUCUUCGAUGCCACGGACACCUUACCUAAGGAGGUGAUGCUGGAGACCACUCUAAAGGUUUUUGACUACAGCUAUGACAUAUUUGAGGUUGGUGUGGAGGGAACAGGAUUUGAACCAACAAUUGAUGCUCUCUUCGGAGAGAAAGGCUUCUUCCCCGACUCCAUCUCCAAAGUCAUGUACUGGGCAGGUGACAAAGCCAAGAUGCUCAGAGAGGUUUUAGAUAGAGUUGCCCCCGAAGGAGAGAGAAUAAAGAGACAGGUCCCACAGAAUCUAGUGAAAUAUAUUGCAAACAGUGCCCAGAAGCUCAUGGAUGAUGUGCAUUUCUCUCCCGCCCCUGAAGCCAUUGCCUAUCUUCGGCUUAUGGGAGCUGAGAUAGGAUACAUGAAGACCAGCGAUAUGAGAAAAAUGGCUGAGACUCUGUCCAUGUACUACCAUGUUUUCACCAGGGUGCUACCUGUCAAGGCCUUUUUGGCGUUGACAUCCAGCACUGAAAAUGAAGUCUUUGCCCACCACAUCUUCAUGGAGAAUGCCUUCUCUUUACCCACUGCCUCUGGCUUCCCUCUGAAGUUCUCUCUGGCUGGUGUCUUCGCACCUGGUGCCAAGGGAGGCCUGACUCACUCACCUGCUAACACAGGGACUGAGUUGUCCUUCAUGCCUUCAGUUGGGCUAGAAUUCAUCACCCAAAUGGGUGUGCACAUUCCAGACUAUGUGGAGGCUGGGCUUGAGAUGCACAGCAAUAUGUACUCUGAGAGUUCUCUCAAUGCUAAGGUCACCAUGGGCAGAAACCAGAUGAGACUUUCUAUCCCAGUUCCUAAGUCAAACGUUCAGCUGUUCAGUAUUAGCAACAAGCUGCUGUCAGUGUCCUCCGGUCAAACAAAAAUAGUGCCAUCUUUGGUGGAGGACCGGACUGACUCUACUGACUGUCAACCUCUUUUCGGUGGUCUAAACUUCUGCACAAUACUACGUUACUCCAACGCUACUUCAAUGGCACAGGCCCCAUAUUACCCCCUGAACGGAGAAAGCAGGUUUGCAGUUGAAAUCCAGCCCACAGGGAAAGUUUCAGAGUACACUGCCACCAUCACUGAUGAAACGCUCAGAGAGGGUAAAAGGGGUCGUCAUAAAGUUGACUCUCUGAUGCUAACCCUGAAGGCAGAAGGGUUGGAUUCAUUAGAGGCCACUGCAUCUCUGAAAUACAACCGCAACAAGAACACCCUCACCAGUGAGGUUGUCAUUCCCGACUACAAUGUGGAAGCAGGCAUCAAGCUGGCUGUAACAGACAAUGAUGCCAAAGGAAAGAAGAUGAGGGGUAUUACCAUUGAUGUCACCAACAGGAACAUCCCACAGCUGACUCUUCUUGGACACACAAGACUUGACAUGAUGAAGGAUGCUAUGCUGAAACUCCAGAUGGUCAUUCCCUCUCUAAAAACGGAUGCCUCUUUCACUGCAACCCUGAAGAGGGAUGAGGAUGUGCUCAUGGACUUAGAGACAGUCAUCAACCUCCCUGAUACAUCCUACCAACAGAAAGCUUCCCUCAAAUAUGAUGAUGACAAGUUUGAGGUGGAACUGAAAUCGGACCUGAAUUCAGAGAUUCAGAAUCUGAUCCCAAAUAUAGAGGAUCAUCACAGGCAGCUGCAACAGCUCAUCGAUCAUAUCCUGGACCAGAAAGUAGCAAAGACUGAUAUGAAACUGCGUCACAUAGUCACCAAAGGAAUUGAGGCAGGUGAUAUAUGGUUGGACAAAUUGACAGUGCGCAUCCCCUAUCUUGCAAACCUGCGAAGUAAGAGAAGCAUCUCAGACCUCACCCUGCCAGCCCUACCAGCCCUGUCUGAGAAACUGUUUGUGCAGUCUGACAGCUUGUUCCGAUACCAGUUCAACAAGGAUAAGAUGGCCAUCUCACUUCCUCUUUCACAUGAAGGCAUUAAGUCAGAAGAACUGAACAUCCCAACCACUCUGUCUAUUCCCAUUAUAGAUAUACCAGAGAUAGGCCUAUAUAUUCCUGCCAAAACCUAUCCACUACCAUCAUUCACUAUACCGCCUUCUUUGGAUUUGACUGUCCCCCUUCUCGGUCUGGCUGAAGCAUCCACCAAGAUUAAGAGCAACUUCUACAACUGGGAAGGCUCAAUCUCUGGGGGCAACAACACUGUUGACUUCCCAAGUUACAUUGCACAGUACAAGGCUAUGGCCCAAUCACCUUUCAAACUACUUUCAUACGAGCUUGAAGGAACCGGGAUGAUGACAGGAAAAGCUGAUGAUAAUCUCAAGUAUCUUCUGAAUAGUUCCUUCAGUCAUAGCCUCAUUGACACAAGCUUCAGUGUCUUAGAGACAAUAAGGGUAACCAACAAAUUUAAUGCAAGAGCCAACUAUAAAUUUGAAACCUCUAGUCCAGUUGGCCUGCAAGCAUCUGUCUACUACUCUGCUCAGUCAACUUCGACUCUUGAUUCAGAUGAAGUCUCAGGAGAUGGCACAGUGGACGGAUUGCUUAAAAUAGGUUCAUUCUACACCAAUACCUCCUACACCCAAAGCUACAAUCUGCGUCCACUAGAUGGAGAAGGAAGAGGAGAGUCCACCCUGCACUUCAACUUGCCAUUCAUGAAAGUUCACAACAUGAUCCACGGCGUCUACGCAAACUCUGAGUUGAACAUUGUGUCCAAAACCAAUGCCCAGAAGGAUGUCUUUAAGCAUGUAGCAGAUCUCAAGUAUAAAGACGCGCAACUGACAUUAAAGUGCAAUGCCGUUGCCACAGCCAUGGGUAAAUCACUCAAUAAUAAAGUUGAGCUUGGUGUGUCCAGCCAUAUGGCCAUCCUCAGAAUUGAGUCACAGGCAGAUGAUGACAUAAAUAGGGCAUACUCACUUGUAACAGGAUCCCUGGAUUCAAAUGGGCUAGAGGUAAACUCUGAAGGUUCUCUCACUUCUGACACAGGUCGUGGAUUGCACAAAGCUUCCGUUAUGGUUGGCAGAAAUGGUCUGACCACAAGUGGAACUAACAGCAUUCAGUGUAGCCCUGUCACAGUGGAGAAUAUCUUCAGUGGUGCCAUAGACAGCAAUGGAGCGUCCUUGUCCUCCAGGAUCAAAGGGAUGGCUGUAGAGAGCAGAGGAGAGCUGAUCAUUGAGGUUAAAAUCACAGCUGCGGAAGCUUCUUUGAAUGGUGUCCUCAAGGGCCAUGCAUAUGAUACAACCACAAGAAACAACAUGGAUAUUGUACUGAACCGAAGGGCUCUGACCUUUACUAGCAAUACCAUGGGAACAUUGAAGCAGAUGACUACAGAAAAUAGCCACUCACUGAAACUCACUAUGUGGACACUAGCCCUCCACUCCAAGACUAACAACUUCUUAUGUGAAGAUAUUUACUACAAGCAAGACACAAAGGUUGAUAUGAAGCCAUUUUUUAUGUCAUUUGACAUGACAAAUGACCUCAAGUGUUAUGAUGUUAGUUUGAACAAUGAAGGCCAGAUGAAGUUUGAGCCAACUAAGGUGGAUCUGAGUGGAAAUAUGAAGGGAGCUUAUGGAGAAGAACACAACAUUAAACACACCUAUGAACUCAACUUAAACAAUGUGGCUGGUGCAAUGAAAUAUAGCACGUCGGGAAACGUAAUGGACGCCCAGCUCAGUCACAACUGUGAACUUGAGUUUGCUGGACUUUCCUCCAAGUCAAACUGUGAGGCACGAAUAACUUCAGAACCUCUACGUUUUGACAGUACUAUUCGCACAAUGGCACUGCCUUUCAGCCUCACUCUUGAUGCUCUUGUAAACAGUGAUGGAGAAAUGAAUCUAUACGGGAAGCACAUCGGACAGCUGUACAGCAAGUUCUUGAUUAAAGCUGAGCCCCUAGCUAUUGCAUACUCUCACGACAGCCGAGUAUCAACCACACAUAUACUUCCAAGUGGAGAGUCUUCCACUAAUUUAGACAACAAAUGUGAUGGCCUCCUGACACCAACCGACCAAUCUCUGACCUGGAAAGUAAAAUCGAAACUGAACAACCAUGCGUAUAACCAGGACAUCAGUACUUUUAAUUAUCCAGAGAAGAUUGGAUUUGAGUUUUCAGGAGUAAUGUUAACAGACGUUUUCAGCAAAUUGAGCAAAGACAAGAAAUCCAAAAUGCAAGAAUUUAGUACGGCUGGUUCCCUCAAGUAUGACAAGAACAGUGACUGUCAUAUCAUUGACAUCCCAUUCAUUGAAAGCUUUCCUGUUGCUUUUGAGCAGCUCAAGAACACACUUGUAAAAGCCUUAGAAUCGCUUCAACAGUUGAUCAACAAUUUAGAAAUUAAUCAGCUAAUCACUGACUUCAGAGCCAAGUUAAAUCGGCUACCUAUGCAAGUGAGAAACUUCAUGCAAGAUAUGGACUUAGAGAACAAAGUGAAUCAAGUAAAAGCAAAAUUAGAUUAUUUGAUCAAUGAUUUUGCAGUAACAAUGAAUGACUUGGAGGAAGCUAUGAACAUCUUGAGAAAAAACAUGGAAAAUACAGUAAUGGACAUUGCCACCAAAGUUAGAGAGCUCAUCCUUACAGCCAAAGACUAUGUCAAAGCAGGAUACAUUGCUGACAAGAUAACAAAUGUACUUUCACACAUUGGAAAUAAGCUUUGGUCCAUUGAUAAUGAGUAUGAAAUCAAGCAGUCACUCGUCAAAGCACUUGAUACCAUGGAGGACAUCAUCAGACAGAUUGAUUUACAGAAGCUCACAGAAAGCAGUGCUGCGUGGCUACAAGAACUUGAUUCUAAAUAUAAUAUCUUAGAGAAAGUCAAAGGCAAACUGUCUGAAAUAAAACAGGUGAUUAAAAACUUUAAUGUUAACAUGUUUUUUCAAGAUGUAGAGGAAUACCUUCUCUCAAUUGAUUGGGCCAUGUAUAUUGAGCAGCUGUCAUAUAAAAUCCCCUCUUCAGAAAUAGCAAAAAUCAUGGAGUCUAUGAAUGAUGUUAUUGUCAACUGGCUUGACGAAUAUGAAGUCACCAACAAAAUCAAUACAGUGUCUUCUUACAUUAGGGAUCUACAUUUAAAAUACGGUCUUGUUGAGAAAUUUAAAGAAUUAAUGGAUCAGGUAGUGAUUCUAAUCAAGGAAUUCAAAAUUGAAGAGACCGUGCAAUCAAUGGUCGAUGCUGUGAAAUCUGUCAACUUGGAAUAUGUUUAUGAUAAAAUUACGCAACUUCUGCACAGUGUGAUAAACCAACUCAAAGAAAUUGAGUUUAAGAAAAGCAUUGAUGAGUUUAAUAAACAUAUUUCUUCAAUGCUUAAGCCAAUCAAGGAAUUUGACUACAGUGCAUUUGUUGAUGAGACCGACAAUAAGAUUUCUGAACUAACAAACUAUAUCAACAAGCAGAUUAAAACAUAUGAGAUUGUGCAAAAAAUUGAGGCGGUUAGGGAAUUUCUUAGAGAGAUCCAAAAUUCCGUCUUUACAUAUUUGGACGUACUCAAAAACACAAAAGUGGCAGAUGCUCUAAAGAAACUGAACAAUGUAUUUGACACUACAUUUUACAAUGACAUCAAGAUAAAAGUGAAGGAUAUCCUUGAGGACAUUCGACAAAGAAUCCUUGACAUGGAUAUCAGAAACGAAAUGUACAUUUACCUCCAAAGAGCAAGUGAAUCCUACAGCAAUGUGGUUACCUACAUUUCUGCACAGAUUAACCAACUGAUAGAGAAGAUCAGAAAACUGGCCAAUGACAAUGAGCUCAUCACCCAGAUGAAGCAAACUAUGGAUGGAGUUCUUGGUGCACUGAAAAGAGCUGAGAUUGAAGUUCCCACUUUCACUUUACCUCUCACUGACCUCAUGAUUCCAGCAUUUACAAUCAACCUCAACAAACUGCAGGAGAUCAGCAUCCCAGCUCAAAUUUCGGUCCCUGAGUUCACCAUCCUCAACGUCUACACGAUUCCUGCCUUCACUAUAGACUUUGAUGAGAUAAAAGCAAAUAUAGUUGCAAUGAUAGAUGACAUCAGAGAAUUUGAGAUCCAAAUGCCUGACCCUGAGGAAAUAUUUGGUGACCUAAAAGUUCUCUACCUAUCUGAACUACCAGAUCUCACCUUCCCAGAAAUAACUCUUUCAGAAAUUAUAUUUUCAGCCACCAACAUCCCCAAAUUAAAUCUGAAGGACUUUGAAAUCACAAUGCUUCCAAUUCCAGAGAUCACAUUGCUAGAGGUUCCCAGUGACAUUUGUAUCCCAAUCUUUGGAAAACUCCAAGGAGAAUUUAGAGUGAUCUCCCCACAGUACACGCUUCAAACUACAGGGGCGAUUGAGAACUCAACAUCUACACCAAAAAACCCACAGUUUACAGCCACUCUUACUUCUCAUGCCAAAUCACCCAUAGAGCUCCUUGAGUACACAUUUGAAGUCACUGCACAGUUAGAAGCUCCCAGAAUGAAAAAGUUACUAUUCACAGAAACCGUGAAAGCUACACAUGUGGCCUUCUCCAUUGACCAUGAAGGAUCCUUGACACUAACUGGCUCUUCUGCUGAAGCUUCUGCUAAGACCACUGCCAAGGCCACAACCCAAAUGUACACUGCAGACUUGGUCAACAAUAUGGCACUUACAUUGAAGAAUGGAAUCACUGCAGCAAUAGACACAACCUAUGACCACAGCUUGGACAUUCCAUCAAUUGAAACUUCAAAUCAGGCAUUAAUGAAACAGAAUAUAGCAGCCACCAUGGAAUCAGGCAGAAUAACUGUUACCGGUGAAACUACUGGCAAUGGAAAGUGGUCCUCUCAACACUACUUUGAUGAAGGUACACACAAAAGCAAUGUAGAAUUCAACAUCAAUUUUAGCACUGCCAAAUUAACUUUUGUAGGAGAAACAGACUGUAAGGCCAUGAAAUUAAAGCAAACACUGACUGCUGAAUCAGUGAUCUUAAGUCAUAUCACUGUUGAAGCAAGAUGUGAAACUGAAGUUCCAUUUGUGAAGAAGAGUGUUAUGGUUUUAAAUUCAGAGGCUCAUAUUGGGGACUUGAAAGUUGCGGUCAUAGCCUCUCAUGACGCUGAAUUCACUGGAAGUCUGACUGGAAUUGUGACAAAUUCACUGGAAUUCAUGGCCCAUCCAUUUGAGAUUGUGCUCGAUGCUAAGAAUAAAGUGAACUCAAAGAUGUUCUUCCCCUUGAAACUCACUGGUAAGGUGGAUCUGCAGCAUGAUUAUAGUGUCAUACUAAAUUCUGAGAAGCAGCGUGCUUGUUGGUUUAUUUUGGCAAGAUUCAACCAGUACAAGUACAACCACAACUUCACAGCAGAAAACAAUGAAAUGGACAUCUUCUUUCACUCAUCAGCUAAUGGAGAGGCUAAUCUGGACUUUUUGACUGUUCCUCUAUCCAUCCCAGAGUUAACUGUACCUUAUCUCGAGAUCAAAACCCCUGAGGUCAGAGACCUCUCUCUUUGGGAAAAUGCUGGAUUCAAAACCUUGCUUACUGAUCCUCAACAGUCAUUCGAUAUGAAUCUGAAGCUUCAUUACUACAAGAACCCUGAUACACACAGCUUUGAAUUACACCUUGAACCAAUAUACGAUGCAAUUAUUGACAAUGCCAAGAUCAUCCAGGCUCAAUUUGAACAAUGUAGAGACAAAGUAGUUGCACUUCUAAAAGGUUCGUACAACCAAGCAAAGUCACAGUAUAUCAAACACAAAAUAGACACCUCUAGUCUGCCUCCUAGAAUCUUUACUGUUCCUGGAUACAAAAUACCAAUAUUGAAUAUUGAUGUUUCUGCUGUCAGGGCUGAGAUGCCAGCCUUUAGUUACUUUGUUCCCAAGGAGGUCAGUACACCAAGCUUCAAAGUACCAGCACUGGGUUUUGCUGUGCCAUCCUAUACCCUUGUGCUGCCAUCUUUCAGUUUACCUGUUAUCCAUGUUCCAGAAACUUUAAGUGAAAUAAAGCUGCCCACUUUCACACUACCAGCCAUUCAGAACAACAUUUUGAUCCCAGCCAUGGGUAAUAUGACUUGUGACUUCUCCUUCAAAUCCAUUGUGAUUACGUUAAGUGCUAAUUCUGGUCUUUACAACCAGUCUGACAUUGUUGCUCGGUUCGGUGCUUCAUCAACAUCUGUGUUUGACAUUUUAAAUGGAAAAAUUGAUGGCACCACCAGUUUGACUAGGAAAAGAGGAAUUAAACUGGCCACCACUGUGUCCCUGGAACAUAACAAUGUAGAAGCAAACCAUGAAUGUGCUGUUAGUCUCACCAAAAGGAGUAUGGAAGCUUCUUUAGCCAACACUGCAAAAAUUUAUCUACCCUUCCUCAAUCUAGAAUUGAAUCAGGAACUCACCGGAAAUACCAAGACCAAGCCAAAUGUUGCUUCCAAGAAAAAAAUCAAAUACAUGUUUAACAUUCCUCUCAUUGAGUCUGUAGGCAAAGGAAACCUUGAUAUGAACUGGGCACUUGAAACACUUUCUUCCUAUGUAUCACUGGAGACCUCUGCCAAAGGGAAGUCAGACAUAACACUCAUGGACAGUUUUAACUUUGCUGGGUAUUUAGAAAAUGAGGCCAGUUUCUACCUUAAUGCCAAUAGACUGCGUUCAACCGUCCGAACGGUCUUAAACUCCAACACCGAUAAACUGGAGAAGCAAAAACGAAGCUCAAACAAUAACAUCUUCCACUUUGAUGUAAAUAAGAACUUGGCUUUUGAGGUCUCGUUGCGGCGAAUGUUUGCAACAGUUGAUUACACCAGCAAUAACAGUGUUGAUUUUGCAUCUUUCUACACAAAUGGAAAGCACAUUGUUAAAGGGGAACUAGAUUUUGUUCCUUUAACAACCUUAAAGACUACAUUGAACAUUGAUGCAAGUCAGCCAAGUAGUUUGGGUCACACUGGAAUCAUUCAGAGCAUCAACCUUACUAUCAGCUCAAAUAGGCAGUCUUUCACUUGGAGUAGUAAGGAACAGCUGGCAUCUGUCAGCCAUGCUUGUGAUUUACUUGUGUCUAAUGAUGUAUCAGAAGUACGCAUGGACUUGACUGGAUCAGUGGAAGGCCCCCUAGCUUUCUUGAAGUCAGUUAGGCUUCCUGUAUAUCAGAAGACCAUCUGGGAUGUUCUCAAGUAUGAUCAGGUCACAAAUAUGGACGACUUACAAUUCCUGAACAUCUCCUCCAGCAUUGUGUACACAAAGACCAUGGAUGGCCAGGAGUAUACAAUACCAUUUAAACUAUUUGAAAACAGCAUACUUUUUAGCAUUCCUGAGAUUAGCAUUGCACUGCCUUUUUGGGUAAAAGAAAUUCCGCUCUCCAUAAGGAAAAUAGACAUGCGAUUUGAAAACCUGGAUGUCCCUGAUCAGCUCACUCUUCCCCCUUCAAUCUCAGUUCCAGCCUUUGAUGUGCCAUUUACCAACUUGCAUGUGGAACCCUUAACAAUUUAUCCUAAACACCUAAACAUCCCGAAGGUUAUCACCACUACAGCCUUUAAAAUCAUGUUGCCUGGCAUGCCAAUAAUCUCAGUGCCCAGUUACGAUAUUGAAACAGAGUAUCUACAGGGGAACAUGUCAUUUUUUUCAUUUAAGAUGCCACAAUAUGGAAUCACAGUCUCAUCUUUCACACUACCUAAAUCCUUUACCAUUGGAGAGCACAACAUCAGCUUAAAUGAAAUCACAAACCAGAUUUCAAACUUCCAACUUCCAACCAUCAUCAUCCCAGAGCAAACAAUUGAAAUCCCUGAAACUGCCUUACAUCUGCCUUCAAGUGUGUUUAUUCCAGCUUUUGGAGCCCUCAGUGCUACUUUGAAGGUUUCCUCCGCUAUUUAUAAUGUGUCAACAACUGCCAACCUGGAGAAAAAGGACUCUAGCCUUGUAACUUCGCUGAAUUCCAUCUGUACUUCUACCAUGAUCUUCUUGGAAUAUGACCUCUCUGCUAGUGCAACCCUUGGAUUUGACAAUGGAGUAAUCAAUCUUAAUGGGAAGUGCAAUUUGAUUCACAGUGAUGUAAUGAUCGAAUGGCAACAUGUUUUGGCUCAAAACUUGAGGAUGAAGCGCCAAACCCCUCUGGCUGACUCGAUGGAAUCUCAUCAUACUGUCAAUGUUGACCUCACUAGCCAAACAUUUGUUGAUGCGAGCUUUCGCUUUGCUUCCCGCAAAGACGGCAUAACUGCAUCUAUUUCUUGUCCAUCAUCUGGUUUCCUUGGAUUGCAGUUUCAGCGGAGGUCUCCGUCACAGUUGUAUGGAAAACUUUUCAGUCGCUCCCUGUCUACUCCUGAAAAGGAUACUGAUGUCUUCACUGCCAAAGCCACACUGAGAAACUCUCAGAAGUUGAUCUUACAGACGUCAUGGAAUUUGGACUUCCUCCAUAAUGUGAUUGAGGGCACCAAGGACAGGAUUCCUGAUAUGACCAAUGCUGUGCUCAAGUUCAUUAACAAGUACCACACUUCCCACUUUGGCUUUGAUCUCAACCGUGGCGGCAUGAAGUUAAAAAACACAGUUUCCAAUUUCAUAGAGAGAGCCUAUCAUGAGGUGCCAAUGUCUUUUAAUACACUGCAUAAUUCAAUCAAACACCUGAAUGCUCAAUUAAAAGACAUGUACAGGAAGGCUUCUGACAGCUUGAAUUCCAUAAGGGUGCAGGAUGUUAUAGAGAGCUUGGCUCACAAGGCUAGACAAGUCUUGAAACACAGCGAAGACAAGUCUAUUGUCUUGCUCAAUCAAGUUGCACAGUUCUUGAGUGACACAAAGUUUACAUUGCCCGGAUCUGAAGAGAAGCUCUCAAGCCUGGAGUUGUUCCAGCGAGUUCGUCAGUCUGUAUCAAGAGCCACCGACAGGGCAAUCCAAAGGUUGUCCAGCCUCGUGGAGAAGAUCUCUAGAUACAUCAGGGGAAUCAAGUUUACCAUACCUGGAACUGAUGUUGUUGUCAAUGGAAACGAGAUCAGGGAUAAACUGAUGUCUUCUUUAUAUAUUCAGCCAAAACGUUCAGUACACAGGGGGUUCGAUUUGCUUCACAAAACAGUUUAUGACCUACUCCAGAUGAUUGCUGAAAAAGCAGAGAUUUUCAUCAAUAAUCUAAAAGAUGAAAAUGAGGAAAUAGCUUCUCAAGUUGAUGCCAGCUUUGCAGAGGUUCUGCAGUCUUCAAAUCGACAUACUGAGGAAGCAAAAAGAUAUGUGGCCGAGUAUAAAGACCAUGCCAAACUGGAGAUUCAAAUGGCUUAUAAUGCUUUAAGUAUGGAGCGUGUAAAUAACGAUACCAAGGAGUUUAUCAGUACUCUGCAGUCACAUCUCUACAGAGGACUUAAUGAAAGCGUUGAUCUAAUGAGAAGGACAACCCCGAGCACAGCACGUUACAUCAGAGUGAGCAAUAAAAAGACGGACAUUGAAAUUCCUUUACCCUUCCUUUGGAAGUCUUUCAGCGAUUGGCCGACACAAUCCAGUCAGUAAGUCUCUUUUGAUAAAGUUGUUUUAUUAUGGCUGACCAAAUUUAUGUCUGUUUGAAGAAAAUACUUUUUGUU